AGAUGGGCUCACACCGCAGAGCCUCCUAGUCCUCUACUUUCAUUGAGCUAGCUGCGACCGUGAGCACCGCACCGCCUGUCUGUGUCUGCCUGCCCUCAUGGCACUCCUAGGCGCCGCCACGUCCUUGGCGACGCCCACCGCGCCUCGUCGACGCGUCGUGCCGUUUCGCGCCACCGCCUCCCCUCCGGCGCUGGACCGCCGGCGGCGGCCGCAGAACGUGCCCGGGGAGUUCUUCGUGGAUCACCGCUGCAUCGACUGCCAGACCUGCCGAUGGAUGGCGCCGGAGGUGUUCAAGAGGGUGGAUGGCCAGGCCGCCGUUGCGGCGCAGCCCAGCUCCCAGGAGGAGAGGACCAAGGCCCUGCAGGCUUUGCUCUCCUGCCCAACAUCCUCAAUCCACACCGACAAACCUCCAAAAGACAUUCUUCAAGUGCACAACAUGUUUCCUCUUCCUGUCGAUGUCGAUCAGAAUCUUCUUCCAGGUGUUUAUCUUUGUGGUUACCAUUCUGAACACUCUUUUGGGGCAACAUCUUAUUUGGUAACUCAUCCACAAGGAAACAUACUGAUUGAUAGCCCAAGGUAUACUCCGAGAUUGGCAGACAACAUCGAAAGGCUUGGUGGAGCGCUCUACAUGUUUUUGACCCACAUUGAUGAUGUGGCCGAUCACAGGAAGUGGGCUGAGCGGCUUAAAUGUGAAAGAAUCAUUCAUUCAGGAGAUAUAGAGGAGGGUACUGCAGAUGUUGAGUGGAAACUUGAUGGAAAUGGACCAUGGAACAUUGGAACAGAUUUUGAACUUAUCCAUACGCCAGGCCAUACCCAAGGCUCGGUCUGCUUGUAUUACAAACCGCUAAAGGUGCUGUUCACUGGAGAUCAUGUUGCGAAGUCAGAAGAAUCUGAUGAUCUAAAUCUCUUUCUGAUUUACAGCAAGCAAUCAGUGAGCCUUCAACUGGACAGCAUCAGGAAGCUAUUAGGAGUCGAAUUUGAGUGGCUUUUACCUGGACAUGGCUAUCGAAUCAAGUACAAAGAUGUACAAGCCAAGAAUGCAGCCAUGGAGUUCCUCCUAGCAACUACACAAGCUAGGAACGUUUUACUUCAGUCACUGCUCACAAAUAACGACUCCUAGAGGCUGUGGACGUUGCUGCUACUGUUUCCAGAUGAUACAGUGUUUGUAAUACAGCUGCAGACUGUACCUUUUGCUGCACAUAAUAAAGUCAAUACAUCAAGCAUAUGUACCUGCC